GGCUGGUGUACGUUUCGGAGUCGAAUUUGCGGGUGACUUGGGGCCGCCGCUGGUCCGCCGCCUCGGGUCUUUUGCAAUGUCAGGUUUUGAUAACUUAAACACGGAUUUCUACCAGACAAGUUACAGCAUCGAUGACCAGUCUCAACAAUCCUAUGAUUAUGGAGGAAGUGGAGGACCCUAUAGCAAACAGUAUGCUGGCUAUGACUACUCGCAGCCAGGCUCAUUUGUCCCUCCAGACAUGAUGCAGCCGCAGCAGCCGUACACGGGUCAGAUUUUCCACCCAGCUCAGGCAUAUCCUCCUACUCCUCAACCAUUGUAUGGAAACAACUUCGAGGAUGAGCCCCCUUUAUUAGAAGAGUUAGGUAUCAAUUUUGACCACAUCUGGCAGAAAACACUAACAGUGCUACAUCCAUUAAAAGUAGCAGAUGGCAGCAUCAUGAAUGAAACUGACUUGGCAGGACCAAUGGUUUUUUGCCUUGCCUUUGGAGCCACAUUGUUAUUGGCUGGCAAAAUCCAGUUUGGCUAUGUAUAUGGAAUCAGUGCGAUUGGAUGUCUAGGAAUGUUUUGCUUAUUAAACUUAAUGAGUAUGACAGGCGUUUCAUUUGGUUGUGUAGCAAGUGUCCUUGGAUAUUGUCUUCUUCCCAUGAUCCUACUUUCCAGCUUUGCAGUGAUAUGUUCUUUACAAGGAAUGUUAGGAAUCAUUCUCACUGCUGGGAUUAUUGGAUGGUGUAGUUUUUCUGCUUCCAAGAUUUUUAUUUCUGCUUUAGCCAUGGAA